AAGCCGCCAUCAACUCUCCAUCACAUGAAGACCCCACAAAACACGCCCUCCUCCUAUCUCUUAUAUUCCCUUCAUCCCCCCCUCCUUCCUCCUUUCCCCCCCUCUCUCGCUCUCUCUCUCUCUCUCUCACACACACACACACAUCUGAUAUAUAUGGAGCACUAUCCUAUACUAUUCCCUCCACAACCUUCUUCCUCUUCUUCUUCUUACUCUUCCCAUCUCACCCACUUGCCAUCCAAUAUGUUGAGUAACAACCAAGUCUUUGGCAGUCUCCAUCAUAACAAUUCAAGUGGACUUUUGGGGCUCAGGGAAGAUGCCAAGGUUUCAUCUUUAGAAGGUCCUGGAGCUCCUCAAAUGGAGUCCUUUGGAGGGGUAGAGAACGAGGUGAAGACUGGUAGGAAGAAGGGCGAGAAGAAGGUCAGGAGACCUCGUUUUGCCUUCCAAACCAGAAGCCAAGUCGACAUCCUCGACGACGGGUACCGAUGGAGGAAGUAUGGGCAGAAGGCAGUGAAGAAUAACAAAUUCCCAAGGACCUGUGGAGACCUGAAACCAGCAGCAAUCACCCAAAAAGGGGCAUCCAACUGGAGGAUAUGGCAGCCACAAGAGGGGGGCGCCAACUAGGGCUUGCCGCUAGGGUUUCUUGGUGAAGGGUGCUAGGGUUUGAGCAUCCUCCCUAGAACUCUAGAUGGCGGCUAAGGUUUUUCACACCAAGGAGGACGGCAAUCAGAGAGAGAUGAAGAGAGAGAAUGUGAUGGAGAAAAUGAUUUGUAUUAAUCUUGGGUCAAUCUAAAACUAAAUAUAAUAUAUAUUUAUACAGGAUCAAUGUAAUCGAAUUCAAAAACUUCUAUGGCUAACCUAAUAUAAAAUUGCAUUCAUCCAAGCCCAUAUA